AAGAUACUAUUGAUACACCACCUCCUAGUUGUGGAUGCUGUCCAUCAUCUUACUGUCAAGCAAAACAAGCACCAUGUUCAACAAACUUCGAUUGCGAAUGUUUGCUGAUGACAACGACCGGAGGAGGAAUGUGUGCUGAUACAGUUAUGUCAUGUAAAGAUUUAGUUCCAUGUGAAAAUGAUAAUCAGACAUGUUCAGUACCCAAUACUGUAUGUGUCAAUAAUACACGAUGCAACAUUCCUGUUUGUUAUCCCAUUGAACGUGCUUCUUCCCAACGAUGUCCAUCUUUCACCCGGGGAACUAUAACAAAUACGACAACUCCAAGAACUUUGGCAACAACACCAUCGACAACGUCAAUAAUCACUACAUCAUCGACAUCGACACCAUCAACAACAACAACCUAUACGCCUAGCGGAUCGUCGAAUACCAGCAGCAUGAGUUUUGGUCGAUACCUUCACACUGCAUCGGUACUAACUAAUGGAAAAGUCCUUGUUGCUGGUGGAUAUGGUGCUAGUGGCUUUUUGAAUACUGCAGAACUCUACGAACCAUCAACAGGACUUUGGACCACGACCGGUACCAUGAGUUACGGGCGAUACGCCCACACAGCAUCGGUACUAACUAAUGGAAAAGUCUUAGUCACUGGUGGAGUUGGUUAUAGUGGCUAUUUGAAUACUACAGAGUUGUACGAUCCAUCAACAGGACUUUGGACCACGACCGGCACCAUGAGUUACGGGCGAUACUAUCACACAGCAUCGGUACUAAGUAAUGGAAAAGUCUUAGUUACUGGUGGAUAUGGUACUAGUGGCCUUUUGAAUACUACAGAGCUGUACGAUCCAUCAACAGGACUUUGGACCACAGCCGGCACCAUGAGUUAUGGGCGAUACGUCCACACAGCAUCGAUACUAAGUAACGGAAAAGUCUUAGUUACUGGUGGAUAUGGUUAUAGUGGCUAUUUGAAUACUGCAGAACUCUACGAACCAUCAACAGGGCUCUGGGCCGCGACCGGUACCAUGAGUUACGGGCGAGGCUAUCACACAGCAUCG